GCAAGUGCCAAAUUCGUAGCGCAGGAAAUCAAUCCAAACCGGAUUUACACUGCAUAAAUCAUAAAAAAUAUUACUUGCCAUAGACAAAAACAGUGUGAUCUAAAUAAUGUCUAUAAUUUUCUGAUGAACGGGAAGACAGCAGUGGACAGUAAGCAGGCAUCUGUUGACACUCACCCUGCCAUAACAAAGAAUAGACUGUCAAAUGGAGGACAAGAGGAAGAAACGGAGUCCAAAAGUCUCCCUUCCACAUCCUCCACCUCCACCAAUCAACCCACGCAAGCUCUCAGUCCUCCCGGCCAGCAAGAGUGCCACCUUUUCUCUGGGGCUACCCCAACCACCCUCCCCUAAACCCCGGGGGAAGUACAAAAGAUCUGUAGGAGCUAUUGGAGUAGUUAGAGAAGUGCUCACCGUACCUGUCGUCCCUCCAAAAACCAUCAGCAGGCCUCACAGAGAGAAGCCACGAGCCCCUCAGCCUGCCGGUCCCAGUCGGGUGUCCCAGUCGUCCUCGCCUCUCCAGCACUCGUUCCUCACUGAUGUGUCAGAUGUGAGAGAGAUGGAGGGUGGACUUCUAAAUCUUCUUAAUGACUUUCACUCAGGAAAACUGCAGGCCUUUGGUAAGGUGUGUUCAUUUGAGGAGCUGGAGCAUGUUCGAGAGAUGCAGGAGAAACUGGCUCAGCUUCACUUUAGCUUGGACAGCCACGUGGAGGAACUGUCUGAAGAUCAGAAAAAAAGUGCUUCAGAUCGAAAUCUGGAGCACCUGCUCUCUAACCUGGAGGAACUGAGCAGCUCCAUACAGAAGUUACACCUGGCAGAGAAUCAGGACUUACCCAAGACUACUGACCCCUGAAACAGCAAACAAGCCAAACAUGACACUGACAUCAUGGAACUGCUGGUAUCAUUGGGCUACGGCUCAGUUGGCUGCAGUACAAUUACUUACUCAAAGAGCUUUUUUACAGCUUAAACAUCAGCUUUUGACUCUCGAAUAGAAAAGGAAUAAUAUCUGUUUAUAGUGUAUAUUUAUAUUUUGUAUAAUUUGAUGGGGAUAGCACAUCAUCUCUUUUUUCUACAAAAAAGGGAUAAAUAUUGUAAAGGUGAGCACAAAGAGCACGUAGUAAAAACAAAAAACAGUUAUAAAAGGACUGGAUCAUUUUCCUGUUUAAAAAAUGCAAAUCUAUUUACGUAUAUGCCAAAAUGUGUGUACAUUUAAAGGGAUUUUUUGUGCAUCUUGCUUGGCUUCACACAGCACCAGGAUUUGUUUCUUUGAUUGAUUUGAUUCUUAAAAUAAAUUAGAAUCCAAUUGAAACUUCAUAGUAGAAUAGUGAAUGAAUAAAUGAUCCAUAAUCAGAAAUACAGGACCAUACUGGUGAUACAUCACCACAAAUUUAAAAUUAUUUUCAUUUCUAAAAUAUGCACAUGGGUCCUGUGGCUGUGGCCUUGGUUUUUGCCUCUAGACACUAUCUGUGAGAAGUUUUGCAUCUUUUUUUUCUUCUAGGUACUCUAGGAGUUUUACCAUAUUAAAAAUGUAUCAAAACUUAAUGUGCUUGGCUAAAUUUCCCCUUUGGUAUGAGUAUUGGAAUCCUGUUCAGGCUUUAUUCCUGUCUGCAGCCGGUGUUUUUAAACAUAAUUAGGAUAAUCUAGGGCAAAUGCAUUUAUUUGUCAUGUAUAGAUGUACAUGUGUACAGAACAACAAAAUUAUUUUUCCACAUAGCCAAGCUUCUUUGGAAGCUGGGGUCAGAGUGCAAGUUGUACCAGACCCAGUGUGACCCUGACUGUGACGAAGCAGUUAGUAUUGUUUGUGAGUAUUGCGGUUUUUGCCCUUUGCUCAUCACAUAAAAUCAUGUUAAAAUAGUAAUCGGAAUAGAUAAUAAAUUAAAAUGUUAAAGUGUUUAUAUAAUAGUAGUUAAAUAAUGUUAAACACUCACUGUGGGACUAUUUAAGCUCAGGACUAUAUGAGAUGGCAUGUCUCAUCAACUGAUAGCACAAAAAGAGUUAUUUAGUGUAUAUAUGUUUAUACGUUUACACUUAUUAUACAUGCCCUGUGUUGUAAAGUUGUAUUGAUAUUAGAAACGGCAAACGUUUGGUGUAGAGAUAAUAGAGAAAUGUAAAAAGAAGAUGACAGGAAUGUUUAAAAUUGUUUGUUUUAUUUAUUUGAAAUGUAGUAGCUAGAAAUCUCCGGUGAGUUACAAGUAGUUAUCAACAUGCAGUUGAAGAUUGAAGUCAUUGGUCUGUCUGAUUUGUACCCACAACCUUCUGGUAGCCAAUUACAGUAGCUCUAUUAAACAAUCAGGCACUCGGAUUCUUUUUAAUGUUUUAAUAAUGUGGUGUUUGAAGGAUUUCUGAACAUUUGUAGCAAAUAAGUUGAAAUAUUUUUGCCUCAGUCCAAACAGGAGAUUAAUAGAGCUGACUGCACUAUUGUAUGCUUUAUUAAUUUAAGACAUUUUUUAUAUUUGUAUGCUUUUCUUAUCCUUAAUAAAUAAAGCAAAUCAAGCUAA